AUGCUUCCUCUCUUCACAAAGGAUCUCCUAUCAGAUCUUCUUCAAAUCUUCUCAUCAAUGCUUCAAAGUGCUUCCGUCACUCAUCAUGCAGCUCCUCUCUUGAUCAAGAUGCUUCCUCUCUUGAUCAAGUCUUCCUUCUUCAUCAAGGUGCUUCUCUAUCUUCUCACAAAUUGUCUCUUCAUACAAAGUGCUUCCUCUCUUGAUCAAGAUCUUCCCUCUUCAUUCAAGGUUUUCUCUCUUGAUCAAGAUAGCUCCUCUCUCAUCAAGGAUAAAGAUAGUAGAAUUGUAUUGGAUCUUUGA